GCCUUGAGAGAGACUUCCGGCUUUACCGGAAGGAAAUUAACAAAAACGUGAGACCAUCCGAAAGAGCAGCCGACGAAUUUAGAACUUCUGGCUUCGGUGUGGUCAUGUUUCUCCAGUAUUACCUCAACGAGCAGGGAGACCGAGUCUAUACGCUGAAGAAGCUUGACCCUAUGGGACAACAGACCUGCUCGGCGCAUCCUGCUCGGUUCUCCCCAGAUGACAAAUACUCUCGACACCGAAUCACCGUCAAGAAACGCUUCAAGGUGCUCAUGACCCAGCGACCGCGCCCUGUCCUCUGAGGGCCCCCUAAACUUCAUGUCUCUUCUGCUACCCCUCAGAGACUUUCCGAAACCAAGCUCUUCAAACUGUGAGCGUGGAAGCCUUCUUACCACCCUUGCUCUUUGGAAUCCGGUUUCAUCGUUGCCCUUGAUCAUGCUUGUGUAAAUCGAUCAUGGUAGCAUCCUUCUUUUGAAUCUUCUUUCCAUAUUUUGAAUCACUGCUAGGUUAUUAAAAUGAUUUGAAAAGCU